CGCGCAGCAACAACCAGGCAUGGGGCUGCCAUAAUCUUGACGAAGAAGAAUGGCUUCAGCCUACAACCAAAGAGGCACCAGAAGAGAGGCAACUGCUCCAGCAGGAAGGCACAACUACCACCAGCAGCAUGGUGAACCUGGAGAGGAAGGGAUACCCUUGGAAGACCUCCAACAGAUCAUUCAUGAUCGAGAUCCCCGCAGAAGACAGGAGCUCGAAGAUCAACAACAAAAGGUUACUGCUUCUUCCCGAGCAGUCAAUGCACGCCAACAGGACGAUGAUGAAUUUUUGAUGGGCAUGGUGGCCCUACGAAGUCAUGACAACUCUGCAACCGAUUAUGAAAUCGAAAAGGAUAGUAUUUCCAAAAUUACAGCCUCCCCACAAGUACUGGUAGCUGAGAACCGCACCAACCGGCCCGAGGUCCUUUACGACGAGAGAGGUUGUAUCAUCAAGACUCCGACUACCAUUUCUGCCAAUUCGCAAUUACCGGGUGCCUAUCCAGGAUUGCCAGGUGCUGUGGAUAACCAACAUUUUUCACCCCAAGAUGGCUAUACUGAGGAUGAAAACCAAGCAAACCAUGAGGACGGAAGUAAUGUGCGGGAAGGUACUGUGGAAACUACAUCAAAGACCUCCUGUGCAUCAAACAAGCUUGCCAUUGGGGUUAUUGUUAUCGUUGUCAUUGCAUUGGCAAUCGCCAUCCCAACAGCGCUCUCAACCGGUGGCAGCCCUUCUGAAAAAAUGACACAAUCCGACGCUGAUCUCUACCUGGUACCAAAUAUUAGAAAUGACACCAUCCAGGCAAUACAGGAUCCACAAUCACCUCAACAUUUUGCCUAUGAGUGGAUUGAAGAUGAUCCAAAUUGGAACUCGUUUCCAGACUGGCGAAAAACACAACGAUUUGGCCUAGCGUGCCUCUACUUUGCCUGCCUGCGGUACGUGGAAAUAGCGGUGGAAAAACAUGUUUGGCUCUCCUAUUUCCGAGAUGAAUGUAUGUGGCAAUCCAUCGUAACCCGGGGUGUGUGCGAUGACAGAGGCCAGUAUCGAGAAAUCAUGGUGGAAACAGUUUCGAAUAACCCAACCAAAUCGAGCAUCCCUCCCGAAAUAUUUCUCCUUUCUGGACUGGAAGUAGUAAGCUUCUUGGAUGUCAAUUUUGAGGCUGAGGAUUCUUUGGAGGAUAUGCUGAAUCUGAACUUGGUACCAUUUCCACAGUCCUCUCUCACCACGUUGAGGUUUGCACAAUGCAAGCUAUCUGUGAUGCUACCAACCACCUUGGGACUCCUGACAAACUUGACUCUGUUGGACUUGAAUUCGAACAAUUUGCAAUCCACAAUUCCAAGUGAAUUGGGUCUUUUGACACAGUUGGAAGAGCUUCUGCUGCAGGACAAUGAUGAUCUGAGUGGGACCAUUCCACACGAAGUGCUGGAGCUGCCAUCGUUAAGGGUGCUCCAUGCAGGAGCAAAUGAGAUACCAGAAAGCUUUUGUGAAAAGAAAAUCCUUUGGGCCAAUUUGACACUGACAACGAACAUAUGUAACAGUUACGAAACUUGCUGCUGCCCCCAAAAUUUGGGAGAUUGUCAAUAAUGACAGUUGGGAUGUUGGUUUCGGAUAGUUUGUGCAAAUGGUCAACAGCACAAAAAAGGUUGGAAAAGCAAAUUGUGGUGCCGGGCAAAAUACUUCCAACUACAACAAACUAAUUGAGUUGAAGCAUCUAUAGAACAAGAUUAGAUUUUGUCACGGGGAAUGAAAAGGGUCUCUGCUUGUUGAUUGUUGAUUGUGGCCAUCUUCUCUGGAUCCAUCUUCUCAACUAGGUUCGCCUCCACAAGAAGCCAGCGAUAUCCGUUUGGUGCUGAUUGUUGUAAAACCAUUCAAGAAGCUGAUGACCUCAUCUGACAAAAUCAAAUAGUGUAGAAACCGCUGCUAAACCCAACAAAGUUCCGUGCCCUACCGCAUGCUUUGAUUUCCUGCGCUUCUUUCCCCUCGCGACAAGAAAUCUUCUAACAAAGCCUGUGGUUCUAGAAUGGGAAACACGGCCAAGAAAUGAUUGCCAGAUGUCAGUUCUUGGCCUGGUAGAAUAUCUGGAAAUCGACUGUCGGCAGAAAGGGUUCUUUCUCAUCAAAUUUGGGGCUGCCAAAACGGGCAAUGCAUUUCAGGACAAAGCAAUCGCUUGCAUUGUCACCACAAAGAAAAGGAAGCAUCCAAUGACUGCGUGUGACGAGUGUACCUGUACUAGUAGAUAAAGAGGCCAACUCAUAAACAUGAAUUGGACGCUCCAAUACAUUGGAUAAUGCCACAAUUUGUGGUCCUCCACCCCAAUAACCAUCUUGUUGCAUCAGGUCCAGAUAUCUUGCAGCACUGAUACUAUACUUAGCGGCUGCUGGUGGGACCAAAUCUUGUGUUGUUAGAUAAGUGUUGCCAACUAAAUAGAGCGAUCUUUUUUGCUGUAGACGAUCCACAUCGCAUUGUCGCAAAUAGGCCGAAUGACCAUAAAGCCAUCCCAAAUCCUCGGGAUACUGCAGUGGUGAGCCAUAGACCACCUCGGCCAUACAGGUGCUAAUGGCAUGAAAAAGACAAUUGCCGUGUCCUGGGACCUGCCGAAUUUGAGCCCGGCCCAGUGCUCUCUGAUCCUUGCCGUAUUCCCAAUCCCCAGGGAUUUGCGUAUAGAUGCCUUUGCAAUAGCCCGCUUUAUCGAUUAGGGGACUGGGAUUCCAAGGUCGUCGUCGCAUGCGGGUAGACGUAGUUGUUUCUGAGUACGGCAAUGUUCCCUCUUGGCUUGCCAGGGCGUGUGCUGGCAUCCAUAACCACUGGGACAGUAGCAACCCACUACUGGCCGAGCACCAUUCUCUGCGAGAACAACAUGCUUUUUCUUCGUUGGCAUUGGCUGUUGCCACUUUGUUUGGGUUCGGCAGCAGGGAAAAGCACACGGGAAGAAGAUGGCUCCAAUCAGAACCAACAGCGCCAAUCUGAAGAAAGGCGAUGACAGAAGAAACAUCCUCAAGG